AUGUUGAAAUUUCUGCUGGCACAAGCCAAGAGGUUUCCCUGGAUCACCAACGUAACGUGGUACACCUCAAUCUUCACGGCAGGGGAUCUGGCCCAACAGAAACUGCAUAAUAAAGAAAAGGUCGACUUGAAACAGUCUCGGAAUGUUGCCAUCCUGGCCUUCAGCUUCCAUGGCAACAUCUUCUACCUGUGGCUGAGGUUGAUGGAGCGCAUGUUCCCUGGGACAGCACCAGGCAACGUCCUUCGCAAAGUGGUGUGUGACCAACUGGUGAUAACUCCAACCGGUGUCAGCGGCUUUUACAUCGAUCACCUGGACAUCGUCUCGAUGGCCGACCUGACCAUGACCCCAGAUGAAAUUGAAAUGGAAAUGGUACGGAUCCAGCAACUUCGAGAGGUGUUGGUGAGGAGGGAAUCAGAACUGCGCUUCAUGAUGGAUGACAUUCAACUUUGUAAAGAUAUAAUGGAUCUGAAGCAGGAGCUCCAGAAAUUGGUCUCAAUUCCAGAAAAGGAAAAAGACCCAGAAAACAAGCAAAAAGAGGAUGCACUAAUCUACAAAAUCCAGAAGUUAGUGGAAAAAAGGGACUUUCUGGUGGAAGAUGCAGAGGUGGAGAGAUUAAGGGAAAGGGAAGAGGACAAAGAAAUGGAAGAGUUUCUCCAAUCGAAGUUACGGCCACUGAAAAAUCUACCUAAAACACCUUUGGAGUCUCCAAGGGGGAAGCCUGUGGUUCCUGAACCCCCAGUGAUCAAACCGUCCAUUACCAAAGUAGGGAUGGCAUUGAUAAGAGAUUGCUGUGGAACUACACAGUGCAGUGUCAUGUAGUUUUCACCAACCAAGUUUGACUCUUAACUGUAAAGAGUGUUUGUGGAAGAGAACAGUACCCAAGAUGGAUGAAAAGCACCAGAAUGGUAAUCAUGCUCAACCAGACUAUGACCUACCAUAUUCAGAGUCAUGAUAAAACACUGCUUCUGUUGAAGUGAGUCUGUCCUUCAUGCAUGGAUCACAAACUCCGCAUGCUGAGAGGAAAAUGCAUCCCGUUUCCACUCGUACAAAUGGAGAAUUUUAUACCUGGCACGUGUGAUAUUGCCGUAGCUUUAGGAAAUUGUUCCAGAGGACAUGAAAGAACAGAGCAUACCAUUUUCAAAAUGUCCUAAUUACACUUGUAAGGGUUGUUAAGUGUUUCCUACAAGAAAGCUUUCCUAGAGUUAACUGUUCUGAUACUCCAACAUUGACAGGGCAUUUCAACUGAGGCUUCAUAAACAAUUGCAGCAUUUUCCUGUUCAAGAGAACUGGCAGGUAACAAGCAUCACAAAUUUAAACUCGACAACUUAGCAGGAAUUUCUGUUGUGUAGAAAGAUUGUACAGACUUAAAAUAUUGAAAUUUAUGUAUGUUUGUCCUGUAUUUAAAGUACAUUUGAAUGCUGUGUUGCAAAUAAAUGUUCCCUUAUUGACGAAUAUGUCGCUCUUACUGUGGUACUAUCAAAGUAAACCAAGGUUUGUCAGUAAUAGUGUGGAACAGAGAUGAUGGUAGAAUCUAGUCAGUUAUUUCAGACACUAAUGGCACCUCCGUAAAGUUCAAAGGGAUGAAAUUCAACUUUGGAAAGAUUGAAUUAUUGUCACUUGUGGGUCAGUAGACUAUUUUACACCCAGCCAAAGCUGAAUUUCAGUCCAGGCCUCCAAAGCCCAUAAAUAUUCUUAAUAUUCUUAUUUAUUAACUUUGUGCAUAUAUGCUGUUCCAUUCAUUUUUGUCUGUUAGGCACUCUUUUUUCCACACUGAAUGACUCUUAGAAUAUCAAAUGGAAACUAACCCAGUGAUGCAAGUUGUCAGAACAUGGUCUAAGCUCAGUAAGAGCUGAUGAACACCCGGUUAGUUAAUGCUGAAAUGAAUCCCUGUAGGAGUUAAAAGCAUAGUUGUAUGCAUCCAUAGAACAUGAACCAGAAAGUAAACCUUUGUCUUCUGACUCAUUGUAGUCUAUAUUUACGAUCCUGUUCAAUAACAUACUUUGGCCUCAUUUAAUGUCAAAUCUUAACCAUUUGGCAGCUCUAUUUUAAUUAAAUGUGUAAUUAUUGAAAUGUUGCUAAUUAAACAAUUGUA